AUGGCCAAAGAUCCAAAGGAGUCGUUGGUUGCACCAGUCAGGUCAGACGACGUGAAGCCAUCAGAUAAAAAGAAAUCUGAAGAUGGUCUCAAUGGUAAACAAGUAGCCAAGAAGCUCAACGACAACAAAACUCAUGACCAAGAAUUAAGUGAGGAAGAUACCGCUCUCAAGGAAGAGCUCGAGAUGCUGGUCCAAAGGCUCAAGGAAUCCGAUCGGCAACUCUAUAAACCAACUCUCGAAAUGUUAAGAAGUUUGAUUCGAACCUCAACCUCAUCAAUGACCUCAGUCCCCAAACCCUUGAAAUUCCUUCGACCUCAUUUUGGUGACCUAGUUCGAAUCUUCUACAGCUGGGGUAGCCGAGAAGAGUACGACCAAGCGAUGAGGGAGGAUGGCGAAGUCAAGCAGGAGAUCCAACGCCUAAAACAGGCUGAGAAGGCUACUGCUGCCGCUGCCGCCGCUGCUGUUAUCCCUUCCAGUGAGCCAGAGAAGAAGGAGUCCGACGGUGAGACCAAGCCGGACGAGUCGAAAACCAAGGCCAAGGAAGUUUCUUCUGGCAGCAAAAAUAACGAUGGGGAAACAACUCUCAAUCGAUCAGCCGCCGUGCCUGCACUGCCCCCAUUCCACGCCGAACCAGGCUCGGUCAAAGGCGUCUCUUCUAUGGAUCGUAUCCUGUUGGCAGAAAUCAUUUCCGUUCUUGCUAUGACCUACUCCGACAGUGGUCUGCGCGACACUUUGGCCUUCCGACUUCGAAGUCACAAAGUUGACCACUCGAGCGUUAGAGAUGACCCGGGCGUAUGGGGACAUGAAUAUGUUCGUCAUCUGGCAGCCGAGAUCGCAGAAGCUUAUCAGGCGGUACAGUCCAAAUCUGACGACAUGGCUGAAGAUGAAAGAAUCGAAACUGAUGAGCAGUCCAGCCGGAAGAAGGAACUGCACCAAUUAGCCAUGCUACUCGUUCCAUUUUUGCUCAGUCAUAACGGGGAGGCUGAUGCGAUCGAUCUUCUUCUCGAACUUGAAAGCAUCAACGAUAUUGUUCCGUUGGUCGCAGAACACAAUUAUUCCAGGGUUUGCAAUUACAUGCUGUCAUGCGUCAACUUCCUCGUUCCACCCGAUGACACCAACUUCCUCCGAGCUUGUCGCCAAAUUUACAGAUCUCACUCUAGAUUCUCGGAAUCGAUGAUGGUUAAUAUCAAGAUGGGAGACAAGGCGGGGGUCAAGGAGGAUUUCGAGUCGGCAUCUAAUCCUAAUAUGAAGCUACAACUUGCGCAUCUGUUGGCCCGCCAUCAGCUUCCGUAUCUUUCAGCAGACCUUACCGAAGAUGAAGACCUGAACGAUGUAUUGAAUAAUACAAAGCUGACGGCGCACUUCAAGGCGUUUGGAGAAAACCUGAACGUCACUGAGCCCAAGACUCGCGAAGACAUUUACAAAUCUCAUCUCGAAAAUAUCCCUGCGAGUCUGGGCAUCAAAAUGGAUUCAGCCAAACAAAAUCUAGCCGGUACAUUUGUUAACGCCUUUGUCAAUGCUGGUUUUGGGAACGAUCCGCUAAUGGCAAAUGCCGAAGGUGGUCAGAGUUGGAUUUACAAAAAUAAGGAUGAUGGAAUGAUGAGUGCCGCUGCAUCGUUGGGAGUGAGCUUACUAUGGGACACGGAUGGGGGUAUCAGUCAGAUCGACAAGUAUACGUACGCAACGGACGACCAUAUCAAAGCUGGCGCUCUGCUAGCCAACGGCUUACUACACUCCGGUGUCCGUACGGAGAUGGAUGUCGCCUUGGCUCUUUUGGCCGAUCACAUCGAUUCCGCCGUCGUUCCGAUCCGAGUUUCAGCGAUUAUUGGGAUUGGGAUCGCUUACGCCGGUACGCAUCGAGAUGACAUCAUGGACUUGUUAUUACCCCGCAUUGAAGAUACGGCAGUAUCGAUGGAAAUCGCUGGAGUUGCUGCUUUAGCUCUUGGCUUCAUUUUUGUCGGUAGUGGGGACGGCAACAUCUCACGGACAAUCCUGCAAACGAUGAUGGAACGUGAGAACGACCAGCUGAACAACAAGUGGAGCCGCUAUUUAGGACUCGGUCUCGCUCUACUUUAUCUAGGCCAACAAGACUCGACUGAAUCAGCCGAUGCCACCAUCGAAACCUUGAAAGCAAUUGAACACCCUCUCAGCAAACAAACCUUGGUUUUGCUGGAGUCCUGUCUGGUCCGCUGGGUCGGCAAUGGUACGAAUGAAGAAGAAGCGAACAAAGAAGAAGAAAAGGAUGGUGAAGAAGUAUCCGAACAAACUACACUUCACCAGCAGCUGGCCGUUAUAGGCAUAGCAGUCAUUGCCAUGGGUGAAGAAGUAGGUGCAGAAAUGUCACUGAGACAUUUUGGACAUCUUAUGCAAUAUGGCGAGGCACCCAUCCGUAGAGCCGUGCCCCUAGCGUUGGGACUAGUUUCGGUUUCCGAUCCAGUUUUGCCGGUUCUUGACACUCUUUCGAAGUACUCUCAUGAUAGUGAUCUUGGAGUUGCCUUGAACUCGAUUUUCGCUAUGGGAUUAGUCGGGGCGGGGACAAAUAACGCUCGUUUGGCUCAGAUGUUGAGGCAAUUGUCAACCUAUUACUACAAGGAACCAGAUUGUUUGUUCAUGGUUCGGGUCGCUCAGGGCUUGGUUCAUCUCGGUAAAGGCACGCUUGGAUUAGGUCCUUUCCAUUGUGAUCGACAGGUCAUGUCACCCGUUGCCGUAGCAGCCCUGCUAUCGACCAUCAUGGCAUUUACUGAUGCAAAAUCAUUUAUCCUGGACAAAGCUCACUGGCUCUUGUUUCUAUUGACUCCGGCGAUGUAUCCUCGAUUCCUGAUGACCUUUGGAGAGGAUGGAAAAGCUAUUGAAACUUCAGUAAGAGUCGGGCAGGCGGUGAACAUUGUGGGACAAGCAGGCAAACCCAAAUCGAUUUCAGGCUUCCAAACUCAUGUGACACCGGUUCGACUAGGAAAUACUGAAAGGGCUGAAUUGGCUUCAGAAGAAUUUAUUCCUUAUGCUCAUGUCUUAGAAGGCUUGGUCAUCCUGUCUAAAAAUCCAGGGUUCGAAUCUGAAACUAUGAUCUCUUAA